UGUUAUUGAUUUUGGUGUUUGAGUGAAGACAAAUAGAAACAUGUCUGAAAGGUGUGAUACUGAGGAUGUGGGGCCAUCCAAUUAAUCAUUUACUGUAAUCUUCCUGAGCAUUGUCAUGAGACUCAUGAGCAUGUGGGGCCAUCUGAUUAAUCAUCCUGGAAUGGUCACAUUUAGAUAAGUGUUUUAAGAUCCCAAAGACAUGCAUUGGCACACCAGGAAUCCCAAAGACAUGCAUUGGAACACGAGGAAUCACAAACACAUGCAACGGUUAUUUCACUCUGUACAAUGAAUUGUUUGUUUCUUGUUUACAGAAGUGUUAAAUUUGUGUCAUUAUAGAUCAUAAUAAGAAUUAGCAAAAACUCUUGGAGUUGAGCAACCUAACAACCAUGGCUGCUCAACACACAAUGAUGACAAUGUUGUCAACAGGAAUCCCAAAAGUGAAUUCUCCAAACACAUAUCAAAAUAGAAUCAAUGCUUGUGUGUUGCUUCCACCAUCUGCAGGUUCUACUUGCUUAUCUUACAACAGGAGGAAUCCCACUACACCUGUUAUGUGCAUUUCUGCUGCUGCUGCUUCUUCUUCAACAAUAUCCAUUGAUGAAGUCAAGGAAGAAGAAAAGGAAAUUGUUGCAGAGAAGUUUGAUUGGUAUGCACAGUGGUAUCCUGUAAUGCCAGUCUGUGAUUUAGAUAAAACUAAGCCUCAUGCUAAAAGAGUCAUUGGUUUAGAUGUGGUUGUUUGGUGGGAUAAGAAUGAUUCUCAGUGGAAAGUUUUUGAUGAUUUAUGUCCUCAUCGUUUGGCUCCUCUUUCCGAGGGCCGAAUUGAUCAUCUGGGUAGACUUCAGUGUGUUUACCAUGGCUGGUGUUUUAAUGCUUCUGGUCAAUGUCAACUCAUUCCUCAAACUGAUGGCGCACCGGUACACAAAUCUAAGAGAGCUUGUGUAGCUGUAUAUCCAAGCACAGUUCAGAAUAACAUUGUUUGGUUUUGGCCAAAUUCUGAUCCCAAAUUCAAGGAUAUUCUUAACAACAAAAAACCUCCUUUCUUGCCGGAGCUUGAUGAUCCUUCUUACUCCAAUAUUGUCACUAAUAGAGAGAUUAAUUAUGGGUAUGAGUUUCUUCUUGAAAAUCUCAUGGACCCGGCUCAUCUUCCGUAUGCACACUAUGGUAUACUGGAAACACCAACGCCCAAAGUCAAGGCUGAUAGAGAAGGCGGAAGACCUCUUAACUUGGGUAUAAAACACAUGGACAUCAAUGGUUUUUCUACAGAGUUAGAAGGGAGUUCUGGCAACUUCUUUGCACCUUGCUUCUUCUAUUAUUACCCUUUUACACCUCCUGAAAAUGGAUCAGUUUCAUCAGCAGUGGCUAAUAAGGACUCCUCAGGUUCAAUGUCAACCCAGAAAAGGCCUGUUCUUGUGUUCAUCUGUAUUCCUGUCAGUCCAGGAAAAAGCCGAUUGAUAUGGUCAGUUCCUAGAAACUUUCCAGUUUGGAUAGACAGAAUCAUUCCAAGAUGGGUGCUCCAUCUCACACAGAACUUGAUUGUUGAUUCUGAUCUUUAUCUUCUUCAUGUUGAGGAAAGAAAAAUGAUGGAGUUUGGUCCAACUAACUGGCAAAAAGCCUGUUUUGUGCCAACAAAGUCGGAUGGUGUUCUUAUUGGCUACAGAAGGUGGUUGAACAAAUAUUCACAAGGCCAAGUAGACUGGGGUUCCAAGUUCAAUGGAGAAGCUCUUCCACCAACUCCUCCACGCGAAGAGCUUCUGGACAGGUAUUGGACUCAUGUAGUGAACUGUUCGAGCUGUAGUGCUGCGUAUAAAGGAUUAAACAUAGCCAAGAAAGCACUUGAGGUGAUUGCAUUUGGUUUGAUCGGGGUAGUCGGAUUAACCAAGCAGGGAAUGAGGAUCACAAUUCAACAGACUUCCAUAUUCACAAUGGCUAUCCUUUGUUAUGUAGCCUCAAAAUGGUUGUCUCAAUUCAUUUACAAAAACUUCCAUUUUCAUGACUAUAACCAUGCUCAUGUACUAGGGAACUGCACUGGUAACUGAUGUUCUGAAGGAAGAAACCGCCAACAGGUUAGUCGAUUCUUUAGCAAGGAUUUCUCGUAGUAGAACGGAUUGUAAUCUUUUGAUUUCUCGAGGAUAAACCUCCAAAUUUGCUGUGAAAUUUCGUUACAGUUGGUAUAACAGUAAAACUCUAUGAAUGUAACUAAUCAGACCUCGUGUUUGCUUGAUUAAUUAAUGCAAUUCAGUAGUAUUGUUGCUAA